AUUCUCGCUGUAAACUAGCGAACAAGUGUUCGGAGACUUGAGAGGGUAACUCAACUCCACGAGUGCAACUGCAUGCUACUCUGCUCGGCGGCAGCGUAAGGCCAUUGGUGGACAAGCAAAUGGAUCAAAAAGGCCAAUCUACGGAUUCGGAUUCCUGCGUCCUGGAGAUGCAUCAGCUGGCCCAUGAGCUGGAAGAUAAGCUGGCCACCCUGAACUCAUCCAAGGCGCAGGGCGGCGAUGGUUGCCGUCCUUGCUCCAUCGUCGUCGGAAAGGUCCGCGAUCUCACGCGCAACGUCGACAGCAGCGAGUAUGAUCCUGACCACGUCGCCAUCGGCCCGUACAACUACCCUCGGCCCCAGAGCAACAACCCACACCUCGCCAUGGAGCAUGACAAGCUGGCAAGCCUCGACAUGGUGCUCUCGGCGGCGAAGGCAGCAAGACCGGCCAUGACGGUGGAUGUCUAUGUCAAGGAGCUGGCAUGCCUGGAGCGUGACACCAGGAACUGCUACGCCAACACAUUUGAGGACAUGACGAGCGAGCAAUUCGUGCGCAUGCUGCUCCUCGACGCCUGUUACAUACUGUCCCGCCUUGUCGGCCUCAGAUCACAUCAUCUAGAUCUAGAUGAUGUGGGGACUGCGGAGGCCGCCGUCUCGUCAGCAAACAGGGCGGAGGCGCUAGCGGUGGUCCGCGACGUGUUCUAUCUCGCGGAGAACCAGAUACCGUUCUUCGUCCUUGAGAAGAUCGGGGAGCUGACCACUUUGGACGGUAAGGAUCGUGUGCUUACAGAGAUCUCGGAUUAUGCCCUUGAUCUCAUGAGGAGACAAAUGUACGCCAUGGCCGCGCCGGCCAUGGUGCUGCCAGAGCAGGCGGCACCCGGUAAUCUUCUCCAUCUUCUUCAUAUGCACUUGAAGCCACUCUCUGUCUCGCCUGCCGUGCCGUCUUGCACCGCUGAUCCCAUGUCUGUUCGCCGGUGGCGCUCGGCGACCGAGUACAACUUCGUGGGAGUGAAGUUCAAGGCUCGGGCCAUGGGCGAGAAGGGUCUCAUCCGCUGCAUCCUCGACGUCAAGUUGGACGGCAGUGGCGGCACUCUGGAGGUCCCCUGCCUGGACAUCGACUCCGAGACAUGGCGGUUAUUACGCAACUUGAUAGAGCUGGAGCAACGUAACCGGGAGACGGUGGGGAGCCAUGUCACGGCAUACUGCGUGUUCAUAUCCCAGGUGGCGUGCACCACGAAGGACGUGGAGCUCCUGUCGAAGAGAGGCGUCAUCGUGCAUGGCCAUGGCAACAAUGAAGAGGUGGCCAAAUGCUUCGCCGACCUUUGCAAGGGGAUCCAGUUCGACCCGGAUGACCCCAACUGCAACUACCUACGGGAGACAUGCAAGAAGCUUGAGAAGCGGUUCCAGAGCUACCCGCGGAGGUGGAUUGCGUGGCUAAAGCAGAGGUACUUGAGGAACCCCUGGCUAGCCGUUGGCCUCCUGGCAGCUGUUAUUGGCUUAGUUCUUGCAGUCAUCCAAACUGUCUACUCUGUUUUGUGUUACUACAAACAACGAUGAAAUUUGAAAUCCAAACAUCUUUAAGGUCUCUAAGAACCGGAGGUCACGGUAAUAAUAUUUGGAUCAUGUCCUACGUGACUUUACCAAAAUCAGGGUAGAGUUAUGAAUGCCGAAGGGCCAUCACACUUAUGGAAUGUAUUUUUAGGCAUGUAUUAUGUGUUGUGAGUUAUGACAUGUUCACUGGACAGCCUUAAGGGUGUUGAACGA